GGAGGGUUGUGUCAGUCAUACAGUCAGUUGGGAGAGCACAGCAAGAGUAUAGUAUUGUGGUGACUGUUGUAGCUCCACUCUGCUGACCAGUUACACAAGCAACAGGACGGCAAGCAGUUUUUGAACACUCACUCGUACAGUUUAACAGUCAACCUCAUCCUGCUACACGACAAAAUGAGGUGGAUGGUGGCUAGUCUUCUGGUGACGAUAGUAGUGGUGCUGGCAGCCUCCUGUGACGCUGGUGUCUCCCGAGACCAAUAUGCACGCCAUAACAUCUACAAGAGACAAGUUGUAAAGUCGGCCGAGUCGGUGGAAUCGGCCGAGUCGGUGGAAUCGGCCGAGUCGGUGGAAUCGGCCGAGUCGGUGGAAUCGGCCGAGUCGGUGGAAUCGGCCGAGUCGGAGGAAUCGGCCGAGUCGGAGGAAUCGGCCGAGUCGGAGGAAUCGGCCGAGUCGGAGGAAUCGGCCGAGUCGGAGGAAUCGGCCGAGUCGGAGGAAUCGACCGAGUCAGAGGAAUCGGCCGAGUCAUCAUCAUCAGAGGAAGCAGCAGAAGAGGGAGUGUUGAUUGAGGUUGAGGCAUUAUAAGUCAUUACCUGUAAAGUUGUCUGACCAACUGUUAGGACUGACGCACACACAGAAACAGAUUCGUAAAUAAACAGACAUACAUUCAUACAGUCUGAAGUACGUAUCAGUGCUUGUAUAAUUUUUGUGUUACCCAGAUGUCAGUUUUCUUCUUUACGUUUCCUGAAUGAAAACUUAAUACAC